GAAGCGGACGGUGAGGGUGACGCCUUCUCGCCGCCGCUGUCGCGGUGCGUCGUUGUGUGGUGGCGGAAAGAUGGCAGCGGCCAUAGAGUAAGCGGCGGCGGCGGGCCCAGCGCCGGGCCCCGGUGCAGGGUGAAGAUGAAGUAGUGCUCUGACCAUGGACCAUGAUGCCCCCACAAUCAAGCCCCGCCGCAUCCAGAACCAGAAUGUCAUCCACCGCCUGGAGCGCCGUCGGAUCAGCUCUGGCAAGGCCGGCACCCACUGGCACCAGGUCCGAGUCUUCCACCAGAACGUCUUCCCCAACUUCACCGUGGUCAACGUGGAGAAGCCGCCCUGCUUCUUGCGCAAGUUCUCCCCCGAUGGACGCUACUUCAUCGCCUUCUCCUCCGACCAGACAUCGCUGGAGAUCUAUGAGUAUCAGGGCUGCCAGGCGGCAGAGGACCUCCUGCAAGGUUACGAGGGGGAGAUCCUGGCUAACGGCAAUGACCAAAGAUCUGUCAACAUCCGAGGGCGGCUCUUUGAGCGCUUUUUUGUCCUGCUCCAUAUCACCAAUGUGGCCUCUAACGGGGAGCACCUGAACCGUGAGUGCAGCUUGUUCACUGAUGACUGUAGGUAUGUCAUCGUUGGCUCUGCUGCUUACCUCCCCGAGGAGCCGCACCCGCCCUUCUUUGAGGUUUAUCGCAACAGUGAGUCGGUGACCCCCAACCCUCGCUCCCCUCUGGAAGAUUAUUCCCUGCAUAUCAUUGAUCUCCACACGGGCAGGCUCUGUGACACAAGGACUUUCAAGUGUGACAAAGUCAUCCUCUCUCAUAACCAGGGGCUGUACCUCUAUAAGAACAUCUUGGCCAUUCUCUCCGUGCAGCAGCAGACGAUUCACGUCUUUCAGGUGACACCCGAGGGGACUUUCAUCGACGUGCGGACAAUCGGCCGCUUCUGCUACGAGGACGAUCUGCUGACGCUGUCUGCGGUGUAUCCCGAGGUGCAGCGGGACUCUCAGACGGGGAUGGCAAACCCCUACAAAGAGCCCUUCAUCAACUCUUUGAAGCACAGGCUGCUGGUGUACCUGUGGAGAAGGGCAGAGCAGGACGGCAGCGCGAUAGCAAAGAGGAGGUUCUUCCAGUACUUUGAUCAGCUGAGGCAGCUCCGCAUGUGGAAGAUGCAGCUUUUGGAUGAGAACCAUCUGUUUAUCAAAUACACUAGUGAAGAUGUGGUCACACUGCGGGUAACAGAUCCUUCACAGCCUUCAUUCUUCGUUGUGUACAACAUGGUGAGCACGGAGGUCAUAGCCGUGUUUGAGAACACGUCCGAUGAGCUGCUGGAGCUGUUUGAGAACUUCUGUGACCUCUUCAGGAACGCCACUUUGCACAGCGAGGCGGUUCAGUUCCCCUGCUCUGCUUCCAGCAACAACUUUGCCAGGCAGAUCCAGCGCCGGUUCAAAGACACUAUUGUGAAUGCCAAGUACGGGGGACACACAGAGGCCGUGCGGAGGCUGCUGGGCCAGCUCCCAAUCAGUGCCCAGUCGUACAGUGGCAGCCCGUACCUCGACCUCUCCCUUUUCAGCUAUGAUGACAAGUGGGUGUCUGUCAUGGAGCGGCCCAAGACCUGCGGUGAUCACCCUAUAAGAUUUUACGCUCGUGAUUCUGGCCUCCUGAAGUUUGAAAUCCAGGCGGGACUCCUGGGGCGGCCCAUCAAUCACACCGUGCGACGCCUGGUUGCGUUCACCUUCCACCCCUUCGAGCCCUUUGCCAUCUCGGUGCAGCGCACGAACGCGGAGUACGUGGUAAACUUCCACAUGAGGCAUAGCUGCACGUAGGGCAACGCGUGGGCAGGGCAGCUCUUCUCCUCGAGUCUGGGCCUCUGCCACAGACAGACCAAAGCCAGGCACUCACACCUUCUAGGAAACCAAACCAUCGAUCGCGUCGAGAGAUCUGACCUGGGAGCUCCCACCUGCCGGCAUCUCGCAGUGCCCUCAGCUGUGAAAAGGUGAUCUGUUGAAGUCAGACCUGCAAAUGUUUCUCCUCGCUCUUUUCGUACCGCAGCGGUUCCCACUGCGUUAAGCACUGCUGUUGUUCCCUAUUCCUGUUGAUGAACAAAGUGUAGCUGAGGUUUGUUUCUCGAUUUCCCAGAGGCAUGUCUGUUUUCUCUCCUGUUGUAUGUCUUAGGAUGGCAACCAUGGAGCUUUGCAACGUAUUUGUGGAGCGCUCCCUUCUGCACUGAUGCUUUCCUACUUUGUCAAGACAAACAGCCUGUCCUAGAGGGAAUGGAUAGAAGCCACGGGGAGAGCUUAGAAAUACAGCUACCCGUAUUUGUAUCACCAGUAUUACCAGGGAGAUGAAAUCCUGUUCUCAUCCACACCAUCUACUCACACGAUUUUAAUAUGCAAGAGGUUAGGAAAAAGCUGUGAGAAAUCAUUGGAACUGAGAGAGAUGAGGUGUAUUCCUGACUUUUAUGCAAGUAAUUUAAUCUUUGUGCCUUAGUAUCCGUAAAGCCCCCUACGUGGAAGGUGGUAAGUUAGUACCACAAACCUGUGCAGCUGAUUGUGUCUCUGGCACAUGAAAAAGUGGGCAACAAGGAGGGAGGGUGGCUGGGAGGAGUUUGGAGAAUAACAUCAGCUCCUUGCUCUUCUUGAAGGGUUUCUUUCUGCAGUGUGGAUGAAUCCUUACGGGCAUCUGCAGGCUUGCUGCUGAGCAGAAGGGAGUCCCAGCUGCUGGCACCCUUCUGUGUGCUGGAGAAUGACCGUGGAGAACUAAUAGCAUUUGGGUUUUUCCAGGAAGGAGGGAGGAGACCUGAAUUACUGUGCAUUGCUGCAGGUUUGCAGUUAAGAGAUGAGUUUGUUGACUUUACGUUGCUUACCUAUCCCUGUUUGAUACACUGUUCUCUGUGAGAACCCUUUUGGGUAUUCCCAGGCUUCAAAGCACAGCUGGCUGGUGCGUCAUGUUCGGCGUGGUGCUGAGUGGACCACUGCAGUGUCUAUGCUGCCUAGAAAUUAAGCUCCUAGGUGUAAUACUGUUUGUCCUGUUAGUUGGUGUGGCCUGCCCUCCUCUGUUAAAAACGGAAUUCUUGGUUGCAGAGCAGCGUUUGUGUUCUGCUGCACACAGACUUGUGACUGUGUGCUAUCAAGCAUUGCAGCCAUCCCACGUGAGCUACAGAGGGGACAUCAGAAAAUUGGUGCUUGUGCACGGGAGACACCUACUUUAAAUGACCCUGUUGGUGUCGUCUUUGGACCAAAGUGGGCUGUGGGUGAUGUGUUGUGGCCGCAUGACUGUGAAGAACAGUACUGAUGUCAUACGGUCAUUUUGCAUAGUAAAGCAUAAGAAAAUAACUUUGUGUGUUGAUGGUGCCUGCAUAAAGCAUGAAUGUGGGACCUUGCAGGGGAAGGUGGCUGAGGAUCUUCAAGUCAGCCUUUAGUCUCUGUUCUAUGGUAUUUACUUUCCCGGCCAUGCUGAACUUAAUUCUAGGACAAGAUGCUGUAUUUCACUGCUCUUUUUCUGGUCUAUGCACUGUGGGUUUCUCAGGUGUUUCAGGAAUGACUUCAAGGUUGGAAGACUGCUAAUAGAGGGAGCAUCAGGCCAUGUGUGCUUUAGGUCUGGGUUCCUCUCCAUCUAAUAACACUAUUUGUCAAGGUUUUAGGUUUUAUCCUGUGAUCUGUUCCUCAAAUAUUCAAUUAAAGCUCCAAGUGGAGAAUCAUUUGCACAUAGUACAUCAUGGAAUUAUCUUCUUCCUGCACCACUCUCACAUUUGUUCACACUUUCAGUAUGAGACUAUUUUUGUUUUCUCCAAAGCUCUCAGCAGCUCCGUUCAAGACUGGCUUUAUGCCUUGAUGUCAGCCUGGGAGGUCAGUGCUUAUUAAAAUAGCUCCCAGGUCUCUGUUUAAAUGUUGUUUGUUUGGUUUUUUUUUUUGGGGUGGCAAAAAUAUAAAGCAUUUUUAUAUUAGCAUUUCUGCAGUAGGGGCUUUUGCCAGAUUCAGGCUGUCCUGUGUGAUGCAGAGAGCAUGGCGUGGGUUGUUGGACUCGGGGCUGAGAGACCAGAGGUCUGCUCUUAUUCUGCUAUUAAAUUGUUUUGUCACUGAGGGCAAAUCUAUUCCUGUUCCAUCCGGUGUUUUCUUCUCUGUAAAUGAGGCCAAAAACAUAUUUUCAGCUUUUGUAAAACGCUUUGAGAUUCAUGGAUAAAAAGUGCUGGGUGAGUGCUAAGUAUUUUCUUAUUAUGUUUGCAGACAAACUGAUUGAUUCAUUCUGGGUACUAAUUGCCUUUGAGUAGCAUUGCAGAUCCUCUGGUCGUGGCUGCUGCAUUUUAUAUCUACAACAGAGUUAAUUUUAUUACAGAAAUGCAUUGGAAGAAAAAAGUCUCUCAUACUUGAAAUUUUGAUUCUUUAUUCAUUAAAACAACAACAACAAAAAAAAGUGUGUGGUGGGGAGGGGGGGAGGAAAGGGCAAAUAUUUUCUACCUGAUAUUUUUCCUAGGCUAGGAUGAAGAUUUGUUAGCAGCACAACACAAAAAUGGAAUAAACAGAAUUUGCUGUAAGAGCUCGAUUUAUUGUUUUUGUGUUCUCAGAACCUUAGUGGUGCAGCCAGGAGUCCCAUUGUUAGGAAGAGAUGGUAGGGAUGUGUGCUGGGCUGUGCAGAAUUAUUACCCGCCAGUUUCUUGCCUCUUCCUGACAUCUGGAGUAGCAGUGUGCUUCCUACCAAGGGCAUUGCUGUAGUUGCUGCAGAUUUCUCAUUCUUCCCUCCAGGAGAAUGCUGGGGGAGGAAUACUUGGCCUUCGGUUAUGUUUUCCUCUUUUAAUUUUAUUGCUAGUCCGUCUUGCACUCAGACUCUUCCUUUAGUCCAUUUUAUAGCACUUGCCUAACCUUGUGGCCACGCUCCGUGAUCAAGAGAUAAAGGUUGAGCUGUACAGAUUGCUUGGCAGAAGUCAUCACCUACCCAUUGCUUGUUAGGGCACUUGCAUUUUCCAGCUGUGUGCUGCUUCAGGCAUGAAAUAUCUUUUGUACAACAUCAUGGCUGAACAUUUGCAAACGGUUCUGGACUGGGACCCCCUUGUAACCCACUGCUGCUUUGUGAGCACCCAGCAUUGUGCCUGUGUAAAUUGGUUCCUUUACGCAUCUGCAGUCUUGGCCCUGAGAGCUUCUUUGAACCUUCCUCUAUUUUGGUGUGUGCAGUUUUCUGUUGCUUUCCUUUGGAGACCUUGAGCAUGUCAGAAAGCUCUUGAGCCUGCGGCUCUUCAGAAAGGUACUAAGUGACAAGGAGAUGCUGAGAUGCUUGACUUUAAUACCAUGUUUGUUAGGUAGUGGAAUCCCAUCUUUAUUACUUCUUGUGCUGCCUUUGCUUUAAAAAAAACUAUGUAAUAUUUCUUAUAUAAACUGCAUUAGUCAGCAAGCCACAGAAAUCCCAAUAGAAUCAAAUCUGUGUAUCCGUUAAUGGCGUGUUCCUGCUCAAACACUCCUUCUGGUUAACCCUCCAGCCCUGAGCGGCUGUCCCUGAUACAGCACCCUGAUUUUCUCUGUGUUUUUGUUUUCUCAGAACCUUACUUUUGCUCACGUGCUGCUGUCUGUUAUGCUUCCUUUGUUCUCUUUUGACCCAGCUGGAAGAACCAGAUUUCUGAAGCUUUAUUUCAGAUUUCUGGUGCUUUCAUAUGUUUUCUUUUAUUGUUUUUCAUGUUUCUGUCCUCUGAUUGCUUUUCUGCCAGCUCUUCCUGCAGGAUCUCUCAGGACUUUGGAAAUGGAGAUGAUGUCUGGGAGGUACUGGGACGUGUGGCCCUCCCAGCAGGUUUCCUCCUGGUGGGAGCCUUUAUUAGGAAAGUCAGUCCUGUGGGCAAGCAAUGGGACAGGAUUUUGUGGGUUUGCUUUUGUGUUGCUUUCAUAGUUAGUGUCCCUGAAUGCUUGUACUUUCCUGUCUUGUUAGUGUGGUUGUAAAAGCUUUGCUGGCCAAAUACUUCCUUACGAGGAGGGAAUGGUGAAAGGGCUUUUAUAUACCUUUUUUUCUUUUUUUUUUUGUAGCCCCUGGGCUGCGGGGGCUGAGCUGUGCAGUCAGUCAUUGUAGCAGUAACAGCCUGGCACUGCCUGCCAACUAGGCUGACUGCUCAUCAGGCAGCAGCAGCCCCUGCUAGAGCUGUGUUCUGGCUGAGGUCUGAUUAGCCUGUGUUUCUUUCAGGGUAGCAACCAGGGAAGAGCUGUCCUUAUUGUGUAAGGAAAUUAAUUCUUAGAAAAAUACUGAUGUGGAAAAACCCUGAAUUGCAUAUUCUUUUCCUGAUGUUAUAACAUAAAAAUACCACACCGGCUUUAGACUAGCGUUCUGGAAAUGAGUAACUUGUGGGUGACUACAGUGUUCCUACCAGAGAGAACUGAACAGGAGAUGUUAGAACAGGGGCAGAGUGUCCCUGGUCCCAGCCGUUUAGGGCUGGGGUGUAACAUCUGGUUAGUGUUUUGCAAAGAUACCAUGUGCACCUGUGUGUUUGAGGGCGGUUUUAGAGGAGAUGGGACUGCUUUACAGCAGAGUGGCAGGGAGAUGCUGGCUAGAUGCAGGGAGAGGAGCCUGCUGGGGAGACUUUCUGAAAGGAGCAGCAGCACGGCGUUUGGCUGCCAUGGAAGAAAAUCCUACAAGAACUGCAGUGGAAAUUCAGGGUGACACGGCAAAUGCAUUUUCUGCAUUCUGCUUUGUUCAAGUACAAACUGGUGUCUUUGGAAGAGUUCACCUUCUGUAGAUGACAGAAUUUAGCCUUUUUAAAGCUGUCCUUAGCUUUCUUUUUUUCUGUGCCAGGCACGGACCAAAGCAGUCCUGGCUCUGCCCAGAGGAUUCCCUGAGCCCCAGCUCUAGGCAGUGCUUCAUCUCUCCCUGAAAACUAUUCGCGAGCCAGUUCUCAUCUGCCAUGACCUCCAUCCAUCCCAGCGUGCUGCAACAUGAGGAGGGAGGCAGAGCACUACGAGGACACAUUGGAUGCCCCAGGACCCUGCCUCCAUCAACCACAUUUCUUGUAUACGGGUCUGCUGAGGAUGCACUGGUGGUGAUGGCACUGAGCACGGAGCCUGUAGGACAGCCCAGCCCUAGGGACGAUGGCACUAUGGCUGUGUCAGCAACUGUGAGGCGUGAAGGCAGAGCGCUCCAUGGGAAGCCCUGUCAAGGGCACUGUGAUGUGAUUUAGGGCGUGAAGAAGAGCGGCGGGCCCAUGUGUCCACCCAGAGCCUUCCUGCUGGCCAUUUGAUAGCUCCUCAAAGGCGCAAAAUGGCGUGGGGCCGGAUUAGAUGUACCCUCAGCCUGAGCAGGGAGAUAUGGCGCUCGCCCUCCGCCUCCGGCCCUCUGGCACCAGCGCCGUCACCAUGGCAACGGGGAGAAGCAGCCAUCCGCAUGGAAACGGCCUUGCUGCAACAUGCAGCGAGUCGGGGGGAAAAUGGUUCAAGUGGCAAGUUUGGAGGGGAGAGGGGCCCUGCUGUGUGGUGCUGGCCCCGAUCGCAGUGCUGUGCGGCAAUGGAGAUCUCUCCUUAAGCUCUCUGGAACUGCCCCAGCACGUGCCCUCGCCAUAAGGAUGGCUUUUGUUGCCGCUGCCCUAUUUUUUUUGUGUGUGUCUAGUCCUGAGGUCAGGGUGAGGCCCAGAUGAGCUGUGCUGAUAACCACGGGCAGUGUAGCUUAGUUACUGUUUCAGCCCUGGCUGAGAGUCCUUAAUGCCAGCAAAAUCCCUCUCUGUAAGCAGAAGGGGAAGCUGGCAGCCAAACAAGGUCUCCUGUAACAUAGGGCAGAGCAAUGUCGCGGCUGUGCGGUGCAGCUCUGGGCAGCAAGGUUGGAGCUAAUCUCUCCCUUCCUCCCUCUCACUCCUUAUCCCCCAGACAAUGGCCCUGCCCACGCCAGCUCCAUCCUCAGAGGGUUCCGAUAAGGGCUGGGAGAGCAGCUCGGCUGCGAGGCUGCUUGCACCCAUCUGGCUUUGUCCCAGUUUUACACCGGCCCCUGGGUGUGAGCCCACUCUCUUUCAGGGAUUUCCACC